GACGCGGUACACGUGCGUUUAUUUUGUUUUAGAGUUUAGCUCGUGGGAAAAAUGAAAUUGAAAAAGGUUAAAACUCUGGGCAAAGCCACGCCGGGAAUCAGCAAAAAGAAGCCGCAAAAGGAUGGCAUUAAGAAAGCGGUGGCUAAGAAGGCCGACAAAGCCCCCGAAACCAAAGCGCUAGCUAAGAAAUCCAAACAGACUGCAGCACCUGUUAAGAAUGUUAAGCCAGCAAAGAAAGGAGCCAAGAAAAGCUACAAGGCGGAGCUGGAGGGACUAAAGGACAUUGAUCCAGAGUUCUACGAUUUCCUAAAAAAGAACGACAAGAAGCUGCUGGAAUUUAAUCUGUCCGACAGCGAAGACGAGGAUGAGGACGAGGAGGAGGAAGGAAAGAGCAAGUCGGAAGCUGCUGAAGAGAGCGACGACGAUGAGGAGAACGAAGAGAAGUACCACAAGCCUAGCGACGAUUUGGCCGUGGCCAGCGAUGAGAGCGACUUCGAGGACGAGGAGGAGGAUGAGGCCACCACUGGCGGUACCCAAAAGGUCACCCUUAACCUGCUGCGUCAGUGGGAACAGCAGUUGGGCCAAGCCAACGUCUCCAUUGACAUUGUGCGUAAGGUUAUUCAGGCUUUCAACUCGGCCCUGGCUAGCAUCUCUGCAGACGGUGCUGAUGGCGGGGAGAAUCAGCCCAAUGCCGCCGCCUUUAAGGUCGUAGGUGCCGCUGCCUUCAAUGGAGUUAUUCAACUGUGCGUGCUCCAUCUGCAGCCGGCCAUUAUCCGAGUUCUGGGCGUGAAACCUAACACCAGCCUGCCGCUGCACAAGCACAAAAAGUGGGUCAAGGUGCGCGGCUGCCUGCGCUACUAUCUCACGGAUCUGAUCCGCCUGGUGGAGCAGGUGUCGAGUGCAAACAUCCUGGGUGUGCUUCUCAAGCACCUGCACCAAAUGGCCGGAAUGGUGGUGCCCUUUACAGCUCUGGGCAAGACCAUUUUAAAGCGCCUGAUCGUUCUCUGGGCAACAGGUGAUGAAACCGUGCGAGUGCUGGCCUUUCUUUGCAUCCUGAAGAUAACCAGGAAGCAGCAGGCCACUAUGCUAAAUCACGUGCUAAAAGCCAUGUACUUGGCCUACGUAAGGAACUCAAAGUUCGUGUCGCCAAACACUCUACCCGGAAUCAACUUUAUGCGUCGAUCUCUGGUGGAGAUGUUCGCCUUGGACCUGAAUGUCAGCUACCAGCACGCCUUUCUCUACAUCCGACAGUUGGCCAUUCAUUUGCGAAAUGCUGUGAUCCUAAAGAAGAAGGACAGCUUCCAGGCGGUGUACAACUGGCAGUUUAUCAAUUCUGUACGCCUGUGGGCGGAUCUCCUUGGCGCGAGUGCCAACAAACCGCAGUUGCAACCCCUGGUUUAUCCCUUGGUUACCAUUGCCACCGGCGUGAUCCGUCUGAUACCCACCGCUCAGUACUUCCCGCUGCGCUUCCAUUGUCUGCAGACGCUCAUUUCCCUGUCCAAGGAAACGAACACGUACGUGCCAGUACUGCCCCUAAUCGUGGAGGUUCUCAAGAGCAACACAUUUAAUCGUAAGCACACGGCUGUGUCUAUGAAACCGCUGCAGUUCACUUGUGUCCUCCGAUUGAACAAAGCCCAGUUGGCGGAGAACGGCUUCCGAGAUGAAGUGAUCGAGCAAGUGUGUGGCCUCCUGCUGGAGUACCUCGCCCACGAGUCCACCUCGCUGGCCUUCAGCGAUCUGGUUGUGCCCACAGUAAUGGCUUUAAAGGCGUACUUGAAGGAUUGUCGCAACCCCAAUUAUUCUCGCAAACUGAAGCAGCUCCUGGAGAAGGUCCAGGAGAGCGGUCGCUUCAUUGAGCAGCAGCGCAGCAAGAGCAGCGUUAACUUUGACAUUAAGGACGCCAAGGCGGUGGCCGCCUGGGAGCACCAGCUUCGCCUUAAGCGCACACCGUUGGAUAUCUACUACGCCAGCUGGCUGAAGACGCACGAGACCAAGAAGCGCCGACAGGCGGCGCAGACGGAUGAGAUCAAUGCGGACUAUGAUGUGCCCAAGCUGAAGAAACUGCCCGCUAAAACAGGAGUGCCGGUUCGCAAUGAGAAGGGCGAGGUGGAGCUGUUCCCCUCGGACUCAGAGGAUGAUAGCGAUGAUGGCCUGCCUAUGGGUUCAGAUGACGAAGAUGACGAGGAGGAGGAACUGGAAGUAGAGGUGGAACAGCCUAAAUCGAAGAAGGCCAAGAAAGAGAAGCAGAAAUCCCAGCCAGCUGAGGACGCGCCUGCUGCUGAUGAUUACGACGAGGCCGGUGGAGCCGUGGAUAUAGUUAAGGACUUGGACUUAAACGAUUGGUAGAAUAUUUUAAGAUCAUUUAACUAUAUUUACACAUUAAAUUCUUUAAAAAUAGCAA